AUGGAGCGGAGGGGCAGGGAGAGACCCCCCCGCACCGGGGCACCCCCGGAACCGCCCCCCGACCCCCGCCGCCUCCCGCAGGGCCCCCACGGGGAGCUGCAGAUCAAAGUGGAGAAAGUGGAGGCGGAGGAGGAAGGCGGCCCGAGCUGUGCCGGCGAGGGCAGAGAGUCAGGGUGCGAGCUGAGGCGCUCGCCAGCUCCUGGGGCGGGUAAAGAGGUGGCACUCGGUGGCAUCAAGAGAGAAAGGGACCGUGGAGGUGGCAACGGAGAGGGCGAGUCGGUGAAGGUGGUGGAGAAGUGGGGGAAUGAGGAGAGCGGAGUUGCUGUCAAAGUGGAACCGCCUGGAGUGGCCUUUGAGGCUUGCAAGCUGAAGGUGGAAAAGGAGAACGCCCCGAGCGGCUUCCAGGCUGGGCCUGCUCAUCCCAGCACCUUGCAGCAGCCUGAGGGAGCUGGCGCCGUCCUUGGAGAUGUGAAGAUCCCCAUUGUGCUUCACUCCUUGCCUCCAGGGACCCGCAUACAGAUCCAAGGCCCUGUGCCCACGGAACAGAUCCACGUCGCCAAAGUGCCAGUGGAAAAAGUGCAGCUUAAACUGCAGUCCUUCAUGGAGCCUUCAGUAAAGAUUGAAACUAAAAAUGUCCCCCUCACAGUUCUGCCUGCUGAUUCAGGAAUGCCAGAUACUCCAUUUAGCAGGAACAAAAGUGGCCACGUGAAGCGUCCAAUGAAUGCAUUUAUGGUGUGGGCUCGGAUUCACAGGCCUGCCCUGGCAAAAGCUAACCCAGCUGCCAAUAAUGCAGAAAUCAGUGUUCAGCUUGGACUGGAGUGGAGCAAACUGACUGAAGAGCAGAAGCAGCCCUAUUAUGAGGAAGCUCAUAAGAUAAAACAAAGACACAGAGAGGAGUUUCCUGGUUGGGUUUAUCAGCCACGAAUAGGCAAAAGGAAACGUUACCCACUGCCUGGCUCUGCUGUACUUGCCAGCACUUCCCAGAACAUCGUCGCUACAAAUCCAGCUGGCAUUUGUCCCUUCCAGACACCUACUUACUCUUUUGUCAUCCCCAGUGUCAAGAACACUAUUGGACAUCCAGUCUGUGAGUCUCCUGCCAUCUGUCUGCCGGCUGCUCCCAUUCAACAUGUUGGUCCAAUUACUCUUUUCCAGACUACCAGUGCAAGCACCACAUCAGUGGUUGUUCCAGCUCCAGCCCUUCCCCUGCACCCUGUAAUUUCACCACAGCACUUUGCUGAACCUGCUCAGACUCAAGCUCUUGAUCUAUUAUCUGGGCUCAAUUGCACUCUGAAGAGACCUACACCAAUGUUCAUUGAGAGCUUUAGCAGAAACCCAAGCAACAUCACCACCACUAAUGGCACAUUUUCUAUCCCUAAUAGUGACCCCCCAAGGGAGUAUCCAGGGGUUCCUAUUUUCCCUAGAGGUGUGCCUCUUCCCCAGACCACCCCUUUUCUUCGCUCACAUAUUUAUCAGUCUGCUCCAGUUGGUCAGCCAGCCAGUCUGUUUGGAGUACCUCCUCGCUUUUCAUUUCACCAGCCUUGCUUUGUGCCUGGACCUCACUAUUUCCCCCCAAGCACAUGCCCAUUCAUCCGACCUCCAUUUGGCUGUGGGAAUUUCUCCAGUCCUGUGCCUGAAUGCCUUGGCUUUUAUGAAGGAAGGUACCAAAGAGAAGAGGUGAUGUUUUCAGCUCUGGACAGAAAUUAUCCUUUCAAGGAAUACCAAGAAGAAAAUAUACAUGAGGGCCACCAUAGCUGUGAGAGCCUUGAAGUAGUGUCCAGCUGCAACAAGGAGUGGUAUUCAGGCCCUCUGCCACAGCUGGACAUUGAAACAUUGGAGGAGGUUUUGUCAACUGCCCCAUCCAGUCCCUCCAGCAUCCACCUCAUCAACGUAACCGACAGUGAUGAGGAAGUGGACGUAAAAUUGUUGCAAGAACUGUAA